AUCUCUACAGAAUCACUCAUCUUCGUCUUCCCCCGAAUCUAGCUCCUUCUCUCUCUCUCUCUCUCGACCUGUGGCUUGCGGCGAUGGCAACGAAUCAAGCGAGCCUUCUUCUUCAGAAACAACUCAAAGAUCUGUGUAAGAAGCCUGUCGAUGGUUUCUCAGCUGGCCUCGUCGAUGAGAAGAACGUUUUCCAAUGGAGCGUCUCAAUUAUGGGUCCGCCUGAUACUUUGUAUGAAGGUGGUUUCUUUAAUGCAAUUAUGACGUUCCCAGAUAACUAUCCAGUUAGUCCACCAACUGUGACGUUCACCUCAGAGAUGUGGCAUCCUAAUGUUUAUUCUGAUGGGAAAGUUUGCAUUUCUAUUCUUCAUCCUCCUGGUGAUGAUCCUAAUGGGUAUGAGCUUGCCUCAGAACGUUGGACCCCUGUCCAUACGGUAGAAAGCAUUGUGCUGAGUAUCAUAUCGAUGCUCUCGGGUCCCAACGAUGAGUCACCAGCGAAUGUGGAAGCUGCUAAGGAAUGGAGAGACAACAGAGCAGAGUUUAGGAAGAAAGUGAGUCGCUGCGUCAGAAGAUCUCAAGAGAUGCUAUGAACAUGUCUCCUGCAAUGUUCGUGUUGUAGAAAUUUCUAUUCUAAUCUUUAUGAGAGAGCGCAAGCAGAACCAUGUUGAAGCAAGCAGCAGAUGAAAUCUGACUGUCUCAAAACUCAAAAGCUCCUCUUUUUCUUAAUUCAUUUUAUUUUCUUUUGGUUUUGGGUCGUCUUUAAGGUUUGGAAUAUUGUGGUGGAAUCAAUCCACUCCAUAUUUUAGGAUUAUAUCAUAACAAUCGUUAAUGGAUUUUUUCACAUUCCCCUUUUAAUUGUUCAUUU